UCCAUUGGACCAAUCGAAGGCCAGAGAUCUUAACGUUCUGAUCAAUCCGAAGCCUCCGUCCGAUUUGCGGAAGUGCACGGUCUUGUUCCUCCGGUAGACAACUGCUCAGAACCAGAGCAUCUCAUUUAUCAUCGGAACGAAGUCAUAGGCUUUCACCGGCAUGUCGUCUGGAGCGCUCUUCCCAAGUCUGGUGUCAGGCUCCCGCGGUUCUUCCAGCAAGAACUUGGUGGAGUUUAGGGCUGGGAAGAUGUCCCUCAAAGGCAGCACGGUGACCCCUGACAAGCGCAAGGGGCUGGUCUACAUCCAGCAGACUGACGACUCCCUCAUCCACUUCUGCUGGAAAGACCGGACUUCCGGGAACGUGGAGGAUGAUCUGAUCAUUUUUCCCGAAGACUGUGAGUUCAAGAGGGUCAACCAGUGCACCACGGGCCGUGUGUACGUGCUGAAGUUCAAAGCCAGCACCAAAAGGCUCUUCUUCUGGAUGCAGGAGCCCAAAACGGACAAGGACGAGGAGCACUCGCGCAAGGUGAACGAGUACCUGAACAACCCGCCCAUGCCAGGCGCACUGGGCAGUGGGGGCAGCGGGGGCCACGAGCUCUCCGCUCUCGGAGGUGAGGGUGGCCUGCAAAGCCUUCUGGGUAACAUGAGUCAUAACCAGCUCAUGCAGUUGAUUGGACCAACUGGGCUUGGAGGCCUUGGAGGCCUGGGCGCCCUGGCAGGUCCGGGUCUCGCCAGUCUGCUUGGCAGCGGAGGACCUGCAGGCAGCGGCUCAUCUUCUAGUUCCCGUAGCCAAUCCGCUGCCGUCACCCCCUCCUCCACCUUCUCGGCCCCCCGCAUCACCUCGGUCCCAGCCCCCACCACCCCCAUCACCCCAGCAGCCACCAUCAGUUCCUCCCCGGCCGUGACGCCCACCAACCCGGCGACACCCACCCCCCCGCCGGCGCCUUCGGCCGCCAGCCCCGCCCAGCCCAUCCAGCUCAGUGACCUGCAGAACAUCCUGGCCACCAUGAACGUGCCAGCAGCGGCUUCCGGGGUCCAAGGAGUGGACCUGGCCAGUGUGCUGACCCCCGAGGUGAUGGCUCCCAUCCUGGCCAACGCCGAGGUGCAGCAGCGCCUCCUGCCGUACCUGCCCUCGGGGGAGUCCCUGCCCCAGAGCGCCGAGGAGAUCCAGAACACACUCACCUCCCCACAGUUCCAGCAGGCGAUGAGCAUGUUCAGCAGCGCACUGGCCUCCGGGCAGCUGGGGCCGCUCAUGAACCAGUUUGGGCUGCCCACAGAGGCCGUGGACGCAGCCAACAAGGGAGAUGUGGAGGCGUUUGCAAAGGCCAUGGAGGGGGGGGACGCAAAGACGGACACCGAGGGUGGAGACCCCAAAGACAAGGAUGACGACGAGGAGGACAUGAGUUUGGAUUAGGACAUCUGCUGCCCCCCCGUAUUUCACAUUUUUAUGACCUUACUGUAGGCUGUUCAUUUACCCUGGUGUGUCAGUGAUACUCUGCUCUUUCUUUCGUUAAAUAUACAGUCUAUAUAAAAUGUAAGCUAUGAGACCAGCAUGAAUAAAUCGGUAUUGAAAUGGCAUGAAA